AAAGGCACGGCAUCAGUGAGGUGAUCAAACUGAAGACGACCUGCCGCUGACAACAAAAUUUACAGACUAACAUCAACCAAAGACUCCAACAUGAAGCUUCACUGCAUCUUCAUCCCCUGUCUCGCUCUCUUCGCCCUCUGCUCACUGGCAAACAGCGAAUAUGCGAAUAGUCCUGAUAAAUGCUGCUUUUCGUAUUCCAAUGUGAUAAUCCCAGUAAAGCAGAUUGUCGGUUACCAAACAACUGUUCCUGCAUGUAUAAACAAAGGAAUUAUUUUCAUCAUGAAAUCUGGAAAUGAGAUCUGUGCUGACCCAAACGAGAGAUGGGCUAAGAGAAUGAAAAAACUGGUGGACGCUCGCACCCCAACAAACAUGACAGAGGUCAUCUCUGAGGACAGCAAUUAAGAUUUAACUAAAGUUUUAAAUCAUUUUCAUUUUAUGUAAAGAAAUAAAACCAGCACAUUUUGGAAUAUACCUCCACAAUGCUAUUCAUUGAUUGCUGUAAAGAUUGUGAUACAUUUAAAGCAAAUUCUAUAUAUAUAUAUUUUUUUUUUAUUUGAACUUUUAACAUAACUAUACACAAAUAAACAUUGCAAAUGACAAAUUGUCAAAA